GAUUGAGGCGAGGUCGUUCUUGCCUCCAGGUUAACUUUCCUUUUGGUGGAAGGAGGUGGCUUUUUCACUUUUUUUUGGUCACAAUGUAUUGUCAUAUCACUGUGCUAUUGCUUGUUUUAGAUCGAUUGAUACGAAUCGUCAACUCGAGCAAUUGGAUGGUUGACGAUUUCACUAACGCCAUUUUGUGCCGCAGGUGUUGACACGUCGUGGAUACGAUUUCUAUUAUUUCUUCAUCUAUUACGCGACAAAGUUUUACAACCGAUGAUAGAUUUAUGUAAUCUUCUCAGUUUCAGCCGGAAGUCGGACAUGACUGCCGCAUAGCCGCAGCACAUUUGUCGAUCUAAUCUCGUUUCCUGGUUCCAAGGCUGCUGCAGGAAACCUAUUUGGUUCCUGUGUGGCACCGACAUGACACUAUAAAUAAUGAGCUAUCAAGUAAUGAGAACGGGAAUGCAAUUUAAAUGUAUCGUGGCAUUGGCGAUUCAGGUUUUAUGACAGGAGAUUGAAACAACCACGUUUUUGGAAAGAAAUCAAAAAUUGCAAGCAACUGUAGAACACUCGGUAGGCAAAAGUUAAAUAUAGCAGUCUGCUGCAAAUUAAUGCCACCAACUCCACCUAGCGGCGAAAUGUCUAGCGUGUGUUGAUAUUUGACAAGUGAUAGUGUACAUGGCGGCGAUUGGCAGCCUCCAUCAACAGGAAAAUAAAUAAAAGUUUUGUCAUCUGAAAGUGUACCGAUUCGUUGUUGGAGAGGAUGAUUUAAACUGAAAUAAUUUGUUCUUAUAAAUCGCCUUCAAACCCGAAUAUACAAAGGAAAAUGUCUUCCAAAAAUGAAUUAAAGAAGCUGUCCGAGGAGAGUUUAACUCGGCAACCAGAAGAAGUCUUUGACAUCAUAUGCAAAUUGGGAGAAGGGUCUUAUGGCAGUGUUUUCCAAGCCCUGCACAAGGAGUCAGGGCAAGUUUUGGCGAUCAAACAGGUCCCAGUUGACACAGAUUUGCAGGAAAUCAUAAAAGAAAUCUCCAUAAUGCAACAGUGUGAUUCUCCAUAUGUAGUCAAAUAUUAUGGGUCAUAUUUCAAAAAUACAGACCUCUGGAUUGUAAUGGAAUAUUGUGGGGCUGGAUCAGUAUCUGACAUCAUGCGGUUAAGGAAGAAAACUUUGUCUGAAGUUGAAAUUGCCACAGUCUUGAUGGAUACCCUUCGUGGGUUAGAGUACCUACACUUGAGAAGGAAAAUUCACAGAGACAUCAAAGCUGGAAACAUUCUCCUGAAUUCAGAAGGGCAUGCCAAAUUAGCAGAUUUUGGGGUAGCCGGCCAAUUAACAGAUACUAUGGCUAAACGAAACACCGUGAUUGGAACGCCUUUCUGGAUGGCGCCCGAAGUGAUCCAAGAAAUAGGUUACGAUUGCGUGGCUGAUAUUUGGAGCUUAGGAAUUACGGCUUUGGAAAUGGCUGAAGGUAAACCGCCUUACGGAGAUAUUCAUCCGAUGCGAGCAAUAUUCAUGAUUCCGACCAAGCCCCCGCCGUCUUUUCGAGAGCCCGACAAGUGGUCGCCGGAAUUCAUAGACUUCGUCUCGAGGUGCCUUGUAAAAAAUCCUGAUGAACGUGCCACCGCUACUGAACUCUUGCAAAAUGAGUUCAUUGGAAUGGCUCAACCAGCUUCUAUUCUCAGUCAAAUGAUAGCUGAAGCCAAAGAAAUACGAGAAAAUAUGGUGUACCGGCUAAGCGGAAGAAACUUGGUUGAGUCGGAUGACGAUGAACCCGACAGUGGAACCAUGAUCAACGCCUCAGCCAAUGAUAGAACGCUGGUGCCAUCACAGGACAUUUACGAUGGAACAAUGAUUGGAAGUCGAACCAGCGAGGGCACAAUGAUCGAACAUUGUACCGGAACUCUAGUACCUCACGGCCGAAAGGGUGGUCGAACAAUGACUGAUGAUGAUGAUCUGGCCGACAACUUAGGCACCAUGGUUAUUAAUACGGACGAGGAGGAAGAAGACGCCGAUUCCACAAUGAAAAGGCAUCAAACUUCAGAUGGUCAGACAAACAAGGGCAAAUACCGUCCACUAUUUCUUGAUCAUUUCGAAAAGAAAGAUGCUGAGAAGCUAUCGGUGGACGGUGCUGCUCCCGCACAAGUCUCUCCGGCCUCGACUGUCGCCCAGCCCAUUCCCAUGACACCGGAGGAACAGAAACGUUUCGAAAGCAAUUUGCAGCGCCAGCUAAAUCAAAUAUCGGCUGGCUCGACGGUUGGCGUGAUAGCACGAACAGUAAUGUCGGCACCCAGUCAAGAACCGGCUCCAGUAGCUGUUAUCCCGCCAUCAAUUCCUGGCGCCAAUGCUCAUGCGGAGAAUCCCGUUAAAAUGCAACGGCCUUUCAUGGACGGAGAUUUUGAAUUCUUCAAAAGAAAUAGCUUCGUGAGCAAUCUGAACAAUCACCCUCUUCUCAUUCUUGACACCGGAUACCUCCUUCAGCUGUGCUAUUGCCACAGCGCACAUUCCUGGCUCCCCAUUUUUUUUUUCUGUUUGUUUCUGGUCUGUUUCAUUCCGGUUGUAGCGAGUUUUGAAGUGCUCGUAGGGGGAUAUCGGAGAUGCGUUUGAAGAGAAGUGAUAUCCAUUUUUCCAUUUGAGCAAUUUUUCUUGGAUUGCACACGACGAACAAUACCUGACAAAUGUAGAACUUUGUGUAGUUGUACCUCCGCGUUGCAAGCUCUUCUCGAAUUUUGACGAGUGUGAAAGAGGAUAUCCCAUUCUCUUGUGUCUGCUGAAGAUCGCUUGAAAACCAGUUUUUCAGACCUCUGAAUUAUAGCGUAGCACUUAAAUAUAGGACUGUGGUCGAUAGCGGCUAGGGUGGGAAAAUGAUGUCACGCUAGCCUCCUCAUUAGAGCGAGCAAAGAAACGGAGAGUGGCCACAGUGGAAAGGUAUCGCAGCAACGAAAUGCGAGCAUCGUGUUCCCAUACAGGAGGGGGCGCAUUCUGAUGAAGUUGAAUUUUUAUCUAAUCAGAUCAUCGUUUCAUUCUUUAAAACAAAAAACAAUAACAAUGCGUUGAUGAUUGCAGCUCAAGUUCCUGAGUUUCGAAGAACUU